AUGGACUAUGGAGAGGAGAAAGACCUCAAGAUGCAGCGAAGGAUGCUGGCAGGAACACUGCCCUCGGAGGACGCCGGGCAGGAGGCGGCCCCGGCCCCGGCCGCCUUCCUCGUCCUCCCACCCGUCAGAGGGGGAAGCCGUGUCUCCACACUCCUCACACUCGAGCUCGGCUGCCCGGCCCGGAGGCCGACGAACCGCCCAAGCAGCGAGCCCCCAGCCCACGACGCUUCCCCAGCUGACCGCGGCCCCAGCGCUGGGCCCGGCAGCUCCGAGGUGGGCCUUCGCGACUGCGCCGACGCGGGAAGUCCACGCGGCCGCCAUGCUGACGCCGGAAGUGCGUGCGACGCCGGAAGUGCGUGUGACGCCGGAAGUGCGUGCUGCGAGAUGGAGACUUUCUCGAUGUCGUGUAAAGGAGUCUUCACCUUCGGACGGCGUCUCGUCGAGUCGGGGAGCGAGGGCCAGACAGCCAGCAGGGAUUUGGGACAGCCAUGGGACUACUCUGGAGUUGACGUCCGAGUUACACCAACCAGGACAGAAAUCAUUAUUUUAGCCACCAGGACACAGAAUGUGCUCGGUGAGAAAGGCCGGCGAAUCCGGGAACUGACUGCCGUCGUUCAGAAGAGGUUUGGCUUCCCAGAGGGCAGCGUAGAACUUUAUGCUGAACAGGUGGCCGCGAGGGGUCUAUGUGCCAUUGCCCAGGCAGAGUCUCUGCGUUACAAACUCCUAGGAGGGCUCGCUGUACGGAGGGCCUGCUAUGGUGUGCUGCGGUUCAUCAUGGAGAGUGGAGCUAAGGGCUGCAAGGUCGUGGUGUCUGGGAAGCUGCGAGGACAGAGGGCUAAGUCCAUGAAGUUUGUGGACGGCCUGAUGAUCCACAGUGGGGACCCUGUUAACUACUGUGUUGACACCGCUGUGCGCCAUGUGCUGCUCAGACAGGGUGUGCUGGGCACCAAGGUGAAGAUCAUGCUGCCCUGGGACCCAAGUGGUAAGACUGGCCCCAAGAAGCCCCUGCCCGACCACGUGAGCAUUGUGGAACCCAAAGAUGAGAUCCUGCCCACCACCCCCAUCUCGGAACAGAAGGGUGGGAAGCCAGAGCCGCCUGCCGUGCCCCAGCCAGUCCCCACAGCAUAACAGGGUCUCCCUGGCA